UGACUUUGUGGAAAAAACAUUUGCAAUUUAUCCCAUGUGUGUGCACAUUUUGGUGACUUUCCGAGCAUGCGGCGGGGGUCACAUUUUCGCUGAAAGGCAGCAUAGUCGUUCAAACUGCAAAAACAAUACGGUCCCUGCAGUCAGUGACUGCUGCUGGGGGCCAUAAUAAACAGUAAUGAACAAUGAGGUUGUGCAAGGGUGUGCAAGGUGCAGUUUGUUGGUCCAGACUCCUGUCAGCUGUUAAGAAGCCUGAUGGCAGAGGGAAAGAAAGAGUUCCUGAGUCUGGUGGUCCUGCACUUCACACUCCUGUACCACCGUCCUGAGGGGAGUAGAGUGAACAGACCUCGUUGUGGGUGGGUGGGGUCCUUGAUGAUGGAGGCAGCUCUUCUGCAGAUCCUUCAUUUGUAGAUGCUCUGCAGCAAGGGCAGAGGAGUCCUGGUGAUCUUGGACGCAGUUUUCGCCACUCUCUGCAGGCGGCCCAUGGCGGUAGAGCUGCCGUACCACACUGUGAUGCAGCUGGUCAGGAUGGACUCAAACAAGCAGCUGUAGAAGUUGCUGAGGAUCUUUGGGAUGUGCCAAACCUCCUCAGCCUCCUCUGAAAGUACAGCCGCUGAUGAGCUUUCUUCACCAUCUGUGUGGUGUUGAGUGUCCAGGUGAGGUCCUGGCUGAGGUGGACCCCCAUAUAUUUGAAGCUGCUCACUCUCUCCUCUUCCAGACCCCAGAUAAGAAGCGGCUGAUCAGGGUUCCUCCUCUCCUUCCUCAUGUCCACUAUCAUCUCCUUUGUCUUGUCUGUGUUGAGCGUGAGGUUGUUGUCCUCACACCAAGUCACCAGACUGGCCACCUCCCUCCUGUAGGCUGCUUCGCCCCUGCCAGUGACGCGUCCUAUCACAGCAGUGUCAUCAGCAAACUUCAGGAUGAUGUUUUCCUGUUAAUUAAGACUUUUGUAGCCUCUGCAACAAAGGAACCCUUAAGAACGCCAACCAUAACCAGCACAUCAACCACAACCAGCACAACAACGCCAACCACAACCAGCACAACGCCAAGAACAACAACUCCAACCACAACCAGCACAACAAUGCCAACCACAACCAGCACAACAACGCCAACCACAACCAGCACAACAACGCCAACAACAACAACGCCAACCACAACCAGCACAACGCCAACAACAACAACUACAACCACAACCAGUACAACAAUGUCAACCACAACCAGUACAAAAACGGCAAUCAGCACAACGAAAACCCAAAACGAAGUCACAUUGCUUCCUUGGCUAAUUCUAGUGGGUGCACUGAUCUUCCUCAUCAUCAUCACCACUGCCUGCUUUACCUGGAGAAAAAAAUGUAAAAAACAAGAAGCAGGUGCAGAGUGUCACGUCUACGAUGAAGUAUCACACACAACAGGACUCCAGCCUGACAGCGAUUCUCCAUAUUCCUUAAUUGGUCCUAGCCGUCCCAGUCCUAUAUCUGGAACUAAUCAAGAUUUGUUGUAUUCCGUAAUUGGUCAGACUCCUUGUUUUGAAAAUAAUCAAGAUUCUCCAUAUUCCUUGAUUGGUCCCAGUCCUUGUUCUGGAAAUGAUGGGGGUUUGUCUUUUCCAGCCGACAGUACUUACUUUCUCUUGGAGAAACCCAAAGCCCCCACAAACCAUGAUGAGCAGCUGUAAAUAAUGUAAAUAAUGUGAUGAAAACAAUGUGUUUAGCAAAUGCAACAGAAAAGUCAGCUUUCAUUAAAAGGAGGUUUUAAAUUGG